AUGGCAGCCGGCCCGUUCUUCUUCGCGCCAGUCUCUUAUGUGUUCGGACGCAGCUCCACAAUCUUUUGGUGUGUCCUUUUCACGCUAGUUUGCCAAGUCUGGGGUGCCGUCAUGACCAGUGCCGAUGAUUAUAUGCCAUAUGUAAUCUCUCGUCUCUUCGCCGGCUUCUUUGGUGCCGUGCCUACUGUGCUUGGUCCUCGCAUCGUCAUCGAUCUGUUCUUCCUGCAUCAGCGAGGUCGCGCAUUCACCGUCUUGCACAUGGCAUUCUUGUUCGGCACCAUUGCCGGUCCGACAUUUUCGGGCUUCGUUUCAGCGCACUCCUUCUUUCCAGUAGAAUUCUGGUGGACGGUCGGCUUGUUGGGCUUCACGCUUAUAUGUUGCUUUUGUUUCCUCGAGGAAACCGGAUUCGAUCGUGAAUCAUUGGACCGCAACCCUGAUAUCCCAAGUGGAAUAGUUGCGAAUAGGUUUGCGACUUUUUUCUUUGGGCAAAAGGUUGUGUUACCGACUACUUGGAGAGAGACGGGCAAAGUUGCGAUCACACCUUUCCUAAUUGGAAUCUGCCCUGUCACAAUCAUCAUGGGUAUAUUCACACUCAUCUCAUUUGGGUUUUACGUGGGUGUCAAUGCUCUCACGCCGGUCUGGCUUCAAAAGCCCGUUUCAGAAGGUGGCUAUGGCUUUUCGCUAGAGCAGAAUGCUGCAUUCACAUUCUGCCAUUGGAUCGGUAUUAUCUUUGUUCAAUUCUACGGCCACUAUUUGAACGAUAGGCUCCCACUUGCACUGGCACGGAGAUACAACGGCGGUGUCUGGAAGCCUGAAUAUCGUCUGCACGUACUGUGGCUUCCCAGUCUUGUUUUGAACCCAAUUGGCCUGGGGAUUUUUGGAGCUGCGCUGCAGUAUCACCUCCACUAUAUGGUUUUGGCGCUUGCGGUGUUCAUUGUCACAAUUGGCUCAUUGGCCAGUGUGCCCGUCACAGUCAAUUACGUUGUCGAGUGUUUUACAAAGUAUCCCGCAGAAGCAGGCAUCAUCAUCGGUGCCUACCGAAUCGUUUACGGGUUAACCAUCAGCUUCUACAUCAACCCCUGGGUUGCAGCUGUUGAUGUCGGUUGGGUCUACGGGAUGAUGGCGUUUUUUGCCGUGUUCUCCUUCAUGUUUGUGAUGCUGCUCAUGUGGAAAGGGCCUGCUAUUCGCAAGAUCCAAUUCGUGAGCCUUGGGUCCAGCGAAGAGGGCCGAAGGCUGGUUGGGGAAUAA